UGACGCACGCUCCCGGUGGCGGCAAGAUGGCGGCGGCCAUGGCGUGGCUACGGCGCGGCGCCUGCGGCCCGGCCCGGCGGUGCGGGCUGGCGGCCGGCCGGAGCUACAGCGGCGGCGGCGCGUACCCCAGCGUGUCGCUGACCUGCCCGCUGCCCGGCGUGCCCAAGGCCGUGUUCGCGGCGGCCGAGAGCCGGGAGCGCUUCGAGACGCGGGUGACGGUGCUGGAGAACGGGCUCCGCGUCGCCUCCCAGAACAAGUUCGGGCAGUUCUGCACCGUGGGCAUUCUGGUGAAUUCGGGAUCGAGACACGAAGCGAAAUACCUCAGUGGGAUCUCCCACUUCUUGGAGAAGCUGGCGUUCUCUUCCACAGCUCAGUUUGGCAGCAAAGACGAAAUUCUCCUCACCUUAGAGAAGCAUGGAGGCAUCUGUGACUGCCAGGCAUCGAGGGACACCAUCAUGUAUGCAGUCUCUGCUGAUGCCAGAGGCCUGGACACCGUGGUCAACUUGCUGGCUGAUGUAACCCUCCAGCCCAGGUUAUCAGAUGAAGAAAUUGAGAUGACCCGAAUGGCCAUCAGGUUUGAGCUGGAGGAUCUGAACAUGAGGCCUGACCCAGAGCCUCUCCUGACAGAAAUGAUCCAUGCGGCAGCCUUCAGAGACAACACAGUGGGACUGAACAGGUUCUGCCCCGUGGAGAACACGGACAAAAUCACCCGGGACGUGCUGCACUCCUACCUGAGCAGCUACUACACCCCAGACAGGAUGGUGCUGGCUGGGGUGGGCAUUGAGCACGAGCACCUGGUGGAGUGUGCCAGGAAAUACCUGCUGGGGGUGGAGCCCGUGUGGGGCUCGGGGCAGGGCAGGGCUGUGGACAGCUCCGUGGCUCAGUACACCGGAGGCAUCGUCAAGGUUGAAAAAGACAUGUCAGAUGUGAGUCUGGGCCCUACUCCCAUCCCAGAGCUCACCCACAUCAUGAUUGGGUUAGAAAGCUGCUCAUUUUUAGAGGAUGAUUUCAUUCCUUUUGCGGUGCUAAACAUGAUGAUGGGAGGUGGUGGCUCUUUCUCAGCUGGAGGACCUGGCAAGGGCAUGUUCACCCGGCUGUACCUCAAUGUGCUCAACAGGCACCAUUGGAUGUACAAUGCCACCUCUUACCACCACAGCUAUGAGGACACAGGUCUCCUGUGUAUCCAUGCCAGUGCAGAUCCAAAACAGGUUCGGGAGAUGGUGGAAAUCAUCACCAGGGAAUUCAUCCUCAUGGCAGGAGCAGUGGGAGAGGUAGAACUUGAGAGAGCAAAGACACAGCUCAAGUCCAUGCUCAUGAUGAACCUGGAGUCUCGGCCAGUGAUCUUUGAAGAUGUGGGGAGGCAGGUUUUGGCAACAAACACAAGGAAGCUACCUCAUGAGCUCUGUGACCUCAUCAGUCAGGUGAAACCCAGUGAUAUCAAGAGGGUGGUGACUAAGAUGCUGCACAAGAAGCCAGCAGUGGCUGCCCUGGGUGACCUGACAGAUCUGCCCACCUACGAGCACAUCCAGGCUGCCCUUUCCAGCAAGGACGGGCGGCUCCCACGGCUCUACCGCCUCUUCCGAUAGAGCAGCACCUCCUGCCCGGCCUCAAAUCCCUUCUUUUUUAAUGUUUUUUUUUUUUUAUUCUCAUGUUGCUGUAACACCCUCCCUCCCCCCAAUGCUCCCAGGCAUUCUGUGCAACCAUGGAGCUGAGCAAAGCUGCUGUGGAGCACUGGAUUGUGAAGAGCUCGUGUUAGGAGCUGGCUCUGGAGGAGGAGUUUGACCCUCGGAGGAGGUUACAAGAGAAGAUGGGUGUUGAGACCCUUCUCUUGGAUUUGGGGAGAACAGAGCAAGCCAAAAUGUUCAUCACUACAGUGAAAGCACAUCUCUGAGCAGUGAGUCACUGCCUCUUCAUCACCCCAGCAGUGGAAGUGGGGCUGUCACAUGAGGCCCCACCGUGCCCUUCCUGAGGAAUGUGUGGCACCUUAAACAGCUUGGCUUCAUGUCUGAAUUCAGAGAAUAUUUAUGACUGUUACCAAGGUGAACUAAGACUUGGUCAAACUGAAUUAGGAAAAUAAUAGUUACUGUCCCUGUGAAGUUGGCAAAAAGUUUCCUGCAAUCCAGAUUUUGUUACAAAUCAUGGAUCCAUUUCAUCAGUGUAAUUCACCAUCUGACAAGGAAUCACCCUCCUGGGAGUAACUUCAUCAUCUUGCUAGAGUUCCAAGGAAAGCAGCCCCAUGACAGAACCAAUUUUCUGUGGAGUUUCUCUGCAGAGGUACUGUACAUAAUGGACACUUACUUGAGAAUGAGAUUGAUCCUAUUUUUUAGGUUUUUCACUUGGACAUGAACUGUGCUAAAGAGUAGAUGUUCUUUUCCUCCAGAGUUGCUUUAAAAACAGUUAUUAAAGGAGUUGCUGCUGCUGCACCCUAAACUCGUGCCUCAUUUCCUCAGUGUCAUCCAGAUGGACUUAAGGCCUUGCAAAAAGAAGACACAAUCAGUCUCACAGCAGAGAUGUGGCUCAGCUGGAAGUCAAGAUAACAAAAUCACAACAUUUAGAAACACAAUCUUGACUGACACCCUGCCACAGAACGCCAAGUGCCACAUGUGUGACAUGCUAAAGAAAUGGAGUCUCAAAAGAGAAAUAAACCACUGGAUUUAUAUAAUCCCCUAAUAAAUGGGUUUAAAAAUACAAAACGGCUGCACUGCAGCUCUUUACUGCUAGAUGUGUGUGGUAAGGAGCAAUGCAGCUGGGAGCAGAGCACUGUGAGGCUGCUGUGACCUAUUUUACCCCAUCCUUUCCUCAUGCAACUCAAAGAAAACGUUGCAUUGCUCCCUGCAGAGGGAAAAGCAGCCUAGGGCUAGGGCUGGUUCCAUGGAAAAAGCUGUGAAGGAAGGCACGUUGUGGCAGUUUUGUGUUCCCCUUGGGAUGCCCUUUGCAGCUGCAGUGUGCCUGGGGCCCUGGGCUUUGUGCUUUUCAAAACCCUAACCCACACAGUGUGGAAGUCCUGUUCAGUUGUUGUGUAUGCUUGUGAGGAAAUAAAGAGACCUCUGAACAACU